ACUUCAUGUCUCCGACAUAGCCAGAGUCUGAGGCGCCGAGAGCAGUGGCAGCCGAGCCGGCCAGCCACCUCUUUCUUUCUCAUUACCUUGGACUCCAGGGUGACCGAUUUGCCUGGUGACAUUGUGCAGUCUUUUCCUGGAGAAACCCCACCUUUAUCAAUAGAGGUUCCAGGAGGUGCUUAAGUGGUGGCCUGAGUGUAAGGCCAAGGGGCCGGGUUUCAGGGAACUGGGAGUGAGGGAAAAGCCAUCAAGCUCCCGCAGCAGCUCUCUCCUCUGGAGCAAGAGAUUCAAAGGUACCCAAAUGGGGCUCACCUGGUUUUAAGGCCCUGGUGUGGGAAGAAGACAACUUGGGAAGAAGGCCAUUGAGGACCUCUGGAGCUACAUUUAGGCAAGGCUAAGGUCCCCUCCCCACCAUCCAACCUGACCCAAGGCACAGUUACCAGACCCAGGACAGUGAGGGGCUCUUGCCAUAUCAGCAAGACCUAACUUCAACUAGAAACACCCCAGCCUGGACAUUGGCAGAAAACCAGAGUGGUUACUCAUUGCCUAACUCAAUUCAGGUCCGCCAGAUUCUGGUAACUUUUGGGUGACCCUGAUGAAGACAAAGCCACGACAGGUCUUUGUAUGUCAGAGUCCAGGACUCCCGCCAGCUGGCCGGGGCAGGCCUAGAACACUCUCUACCCAACUCAGAGGCCACAUUGCCACACUCGUUCUUCCUUAUUUGCACCCCGAUAGGACAAUCCACUCUUCCGUAAACUGUACCCUCUUUGAGGGCUGCUUCAGGCGAUGGUGAGUGAGGAGGGCACAGGAGGCUAGCAAAGUCAGUGGAAGACAAAAGCUGAGAUUAUCUGCUGGGACGAGGGGUGUUGGGGAUAGAAUGGGAACUAUAUUAACAUCUGUCAGGGACUCUCAAAUGUGGCACGGCAAGUCACUUGAUUACACGUAUGUUAUUUAGUUAAAUUUGUGAAAAUUAUGAGAUGCUCACAAACCCGGUGAUAAACUCGCCUCCUUCCUAUUGGCUGGUCUGGUCACAUGGCCGCCCAACUUUAUUCAGUUGACAGCAAGUAGGAGGGCCCAAUGGAAGGAGAAAAAAAGACAACACGAGAAAAAUUAGUAUUUUCUACCUUCUGAAAUUAAUGGCCAUGAGUUCGUAUAUGGUGAACUCUAAGUACGUGGACCCCAAGUUUCCUCCGUGCGAGGAAUAUUUGCAGGGUGGCUACCUAGGCGAGCAGGCAGCCGAUUACUACGGCAGCGGCGCACAGGGCGCCGACUUCCAGCCCUCGGGGCUCUACCCACGGCCGGACUUCGGUGAGCAACCCUUCGGAGGCGGCGGGCCGGGGCCUGGCUCAGCGCUGCCGGCGCGGGGUCACGGACAGGAGCCAAGUGGCCCAGGAAGUCACUACAGUGCCCCGGGAGAGCCGUGCCCAGCGCCCCCGCCUGCGCCCCUGCCUGGAGCCCGGGCCUGCAGCCAGCCCACCGGCCCCAAGCAGCCGCCCCCGGGGACAGCACUCAAGCAGCCCGCUGUGGUCUACCCCUGGAUGAAGAAGGUGCAUGUGAAUUCGGUGAACCCCAACUACACCGGCGGGGAGCCCAAGCGUUCCCGGACGGCCUACACCAGACAGCAAGUCCUAGAACUGGAAAAGGAAUUUCAUUUUAACAGGUAUCUGACCAGAUGCCGUCGGAUUGAAAUCGCUCACACCCUGUGUCUGUCUGAGCGCCAGAUCAAGAUCUGGUUCCAGAACCGGAGGAUGAAGUGGAAAAAAGACCACAAACUGCCCAACACCAAGGGCAGGUCUUCUUCUUCCUCAUCUUCCUGCUCCUCAUCAGCUGCCCCCGGCCAGCAUUUGCAGCCCAUGGCCAAAGACCACCACACGGACCUGACGACCUUAUAGAAGUGGGGACCCUGGGCCCAUCCCUCCCUCCCUGCACACCAGGUUGAGGCGAAGCUGCGGGUGCAGGCGGGGCCUGCUGUCACCUCACUGGGCUCUAAGGUACUGUGGGGGUGGACCUGGGACCUACAGACCGCCCUCGGACUAGGUUACCAUCCUUCCCGAGGGCAGCCCCCUCCCUACAGGGAUGGGGUGGGAGGGUGGGCGGGCUUCUUUAAGUAUAUUAUCAUAUGGCAGGAGCAACUGAGAACAUAAAACCUUGGUGAGUCAUUAAACUCAUGAAAAUCUCUGCUGUUGGGUUUUGAAUUUGCCAAUGAAGGUUGGAGGCUUUAUCCCAGUGUGAGCCUGGACACUCUCCUCCACACCACCCCUCCAGGGAGCUGUGUGGCUUAACAACUGUUGGGGGGGGGGCUGAGGCAGAAGGCCAGCACCCAGUGCUAGGUGCUUUCAGUGUGAGCAGGAUUGCUGAGCGAAAAUCUCAAAACUUUCUGAGUUACCUAUAGAAUUUCUGCUGUGAUUAAAAAAAAUGUUUUGCUCCCAGUGGCCCAUGCCCAAAGAAAUAAAUCAAAGAAGGAAGUGGAAACGGGUUCUUUUAUGUUUAGAUUAUAUUUGCUUAAAUAUUUAUUCAUUGGGGGAAUAGAUAACAAAAAAUACUUGACACCUUUGUGCCAAAAACCUUAGGGUAGAGAACAGGUUGAGCUGGGACUGAGUUAGAAAUCUGUGGACUCACUUCUGACCCUAUUCCGGAUUUUCAGCUCCUCCCUCCCAGCCACCCACCCUGGAAAUAUGUGUAGCAGGCCCUUAACCCUUCAAGAGGGAAGCCAAGGACCCAGGAAAACCGAGUUCUGAAAAUGUGUUUCCACACGUGCUUGCUGCAGCACUGUGUUUACAAGCAGUUCUGGGUGGUUGAAAGAAAGAGGGGGAAAGGAACAAAUGGUUCAAACUUAUCCUCUGGGGAAAGAAAACAGAACCUAUAAGUCCUGGGUCAUCAGGGAACGGCAGAAUUUUCUAUUCCAACUUGAUUCCAAAUGUUCCAAGUACCCCACAUAGCAGGGUUUUUUUGUUGUUGUUUUGUUUUUUGUUUUUUUUUAUAGGACUCGAUGUAUGGCCUAUCCCAGGGUAGUGCUAUGCAGCAGGGAGAAAGUGGGAAGGUUAGGAAGUCUUCUUUUUAAAAAGGAACUAAUAGACUCUAGAAGUCCACAAAAGUUGACCUUAAAGAGAUUUCCCUGAAAGUGUUCUUUUGUUUUCUUUCUCUGAAAUGCUUCUCCAGACAUUAGAAGCAGAAACUGUAAAAGUUUUCAGGCCCAUUUCUUUACCUUGAAGAUUGUGACUUUAAAACAAUCUCAAACAACAGGAAAGAGGAUUAAUCCAUUUAUUUAUUUAUUUUAUUCCAUGUCUGGGAAGAAUUCAAAUCUCGUUUUCUUAAAACACUAACCCUUAAGGAUAAGGAGGAUUAAGAGCCAAAGGUAAUGAUAGACUUUAUAUACUCAAAUGAUAUACGUCUUUGAAAGCUUGAACCCCUAAAUUUGGGCUCCAAACAGAAACCCCUGAUUGCAGUCCCUCCCCCAAGUAAGAAAUAGAGGAGGGGUGAACUUAAAUUUUAAUCAUAAGAUCAAUAAUGCUGUUAAUUUUUUCAGUAUUACAGAACAUUUUAGAAGGUUCCAGUGGUUGUUUUUAAAAUAGACUUAACUGAAGGAGGGAAAGGCCUGGUCUUUGGUUCUGUGUCUCCUGAGGGCUGAGGGCAAGGAUUCAACUGGAGUCCCUAAACUGAAAUUCUGCGUCUCUGAAGUAUCUUCCAAGCCUUGGUCUUUUGUAUUAGACCCUGGGGAAAGCUCUUUGUUCCUCCUUGGGGUGAGCCUGGCUCUCAGACUUGCACAUGGCAAUACUUGAAUAUCACCACGUCGGGAUAUUAAAGAUGGAUAUUCCUGCAUUAUUUGCAUCAUUGUUUCUAUGACAAAAAGCAAAGAGUUCAUACAUAGUCAAGAUGUCUUUUUUCUGAUGCCCUCAUGUUGAGAAGCUGAAAAGGUAUUUUACUGAAGUUCGGCUAAAUUACAGAACCAGGUUCAUCCAGAGGGCAAAUUUUCUGUUCGAUUAGCUGUAUUCCAGCCGGGAGGACUGACCUCUAAACCCUUAACCUUUUGGACUGUAACUACCCUUCUCUUCUCUCCUUUUCCCCCUCCUUCUAACAUGCAGACAGUCUUUGGAUAUUGCAUAUGAAAAGCGCCGCUAUCCUUGGGCCAAUUGGAAAGUUGCUAAGAGUCUUUCAUAAAAGCCAAGUCUGAGCACGUUGAACCAUGUCCUUGGGGUGGGGGGAUUUAUAUUUUCACAAUAUUCAACUAUAUACCCACUAUGGAGAUUAUCAUAUAGAUUUUCCCCUCUCCUCAGAAGUUCUGGUGAUUCAUCCAGCUUCAGACCAAAUUCUACCCUCCUUCCUCCUGCCCCAAAGGAAAACCACUAGUAUGCUUUCCUGAAGAAAACCCCAGCUUCUUCUCAAACGUAGCCCCAACUACUUUGGAAAAUAACUUAGUGGGAGAAACAACUUCUUUGUUUUUAAGUCUCAGCUUUUCCUCUCAGCUGGGAGGGGUUGUCUUUUGAAAUGCUAAUGGUGCUUGCAAGGCCUAGAGAGUGGUUGCCAGUCCUGAAGUCUCAUUCCGACCCUAGUACCUAUUUGGGCCCAAGAGAGUGGACCAGGGAAGGGGUAGCCCCCACCCCCACCCCAGUCACUUAGGGCAGGGAAGGAAAUGAGGCUCCAUCUGGGAACCUGCUUUAGAGAAAGCAAGACUUGGAAGGGCUCUAGUGCCCAUUUGCUGCUAUUUAUUUCCAUUUUGUCCCCCCUACCCCAAUAUGAGCCAGAAGUGUUUGUUUGGGUGUUUUAAACCCUGUUUCGGGUGGUGACUGGGGCUGCGAGUGGAAUGUUUGCUGAGGACAGCGUGCCCCUAGCUCCCAGCACACUCUGUCCGUGACAGCCUUUUGUUGUCAGGCAGCCCCUUGGAGUCUGCUCACAAAGACACUUUUUACAACAGAAUUGACCAUGUUUUACUGCCACUGAUUAAAGUACUAUUUAUAUUAAUUGUUGCCUGUAGUUUUGAUGUAAUUCAUUGAUCUAUAUUUGAAAUAAUAAAAGGUGUAGUAAAAUCUC